AGUUGGUGGCGGGAGCCGGAAGGGUAGAGGAUGAGCCAUAUUAAGGAAACUUUUUAGUUUUAUUUUUUCGUUCACAUUACCAUAUUCGCUCAGGAGUAGUCCUGAGUAGUCUAGUCUAAGAGCAAUAGUAAAUAGUAAAAUACCAUGAUAAUAAUAUAGCUAACAUGUUAAAAUAUACAAAUUUGUAUUAUAAUAACAUUGCUCGUUACAAUAACGAGUAUAAUAACAUGGUUGGUGAGAUAGAGGUCUUACCACAAAACAAUUGAUGCAAAAGUACAUAAUAUAUAAUAUAUUAUAUUAUGAUUUUACCAUAGAUAUAUACAAGUUGUUGUAUAUAUCUAUGGAUUUUACCUCUGCUAGAACGAGAGGCAAUAAUAAAAAUAGUCUUUCUCUCUUCCCCAUUACGACACGCUUUCCUCCAUAUCGUUAUUAUGGCCAUAUCCGGCCUAUCCAUUCUUUAAUAUCUAUAGAUUUCAUGCUUUCAUUGUGCUGAAUAAUAAUAAUAAUAUUAUGUAAUGAUAUCGUUAUCUGUGUAAGGCGGCGCAUUGAUAACGGUGGCGCACUGGUUUAGCGCGGCUCUUUCGCAUUUUCGCUACGAACGACGAUCGAAGCGAGAUCAAUACGCGAUGACGGAUGCCGUUCGCUGAAUUCUGACAAUCGCAGUUACACUUACACAGAAUUGCAUCUACCGCCGACGUGACAUACCUUCAUAGGGUUCCCUAUAGUCGAUUCGUCGACGUUUGUUAGACCUUCGCAUCAGCACUUCGACCGGUGUUGGGUUUAAUCGGCACGGAGUCUUUGAGCACAGGCGUAAUCAUGAGUAAACAGUUGGAUCAGCUCACCGACGUGUUCAUAUCGGACGAGGUGUUAUUGAUGUGCCAUAACUUGGCGCUGCUCACGGAAAAGGAAGAGGUUGCCGCUCUACUCAUCGGCCAGAAAAUAAUACACGAGAAUGGGACCACUGUAUCUGUGACUGCGCUAUCUAUACCGCCCCGGGGAGAGAUCAAAAAGGAUCGCGUGGAAAUCAUGUCUGAAGACUUGGUAAAUGCUAUGGAAGAUGCCAAACACUUCUCCCACGUCAAAGGCGCUAACUUGAACGUCAUUGGCUGGUAUCAUUCACAUCCUCACAUUACUGUGUGGCCAUCUAAUGUCGAUUUGCAAACUCAACUGAACUUACAAAACAUGGAUUCAUGUUUUAUCGGUAUAAUUUGUUCCUCGUAUAAUACAGAUACUACAACAAUGAUGAAAGAAAUGAAAACAGUAUGCUUUCAAGCUAAACAAAUAAAUGGUAUGGUGCACAGAAUAGAUGUUAAAUUUCAGGUUGCACCUACAACCUGUACCAGCCAAUUGUCAUUUGGAGUAAUUGUAAAACACAUAGAAACAUUGUAUGACGAACUCAUAAAAAAUUAUAAUGAAGCAAAUGAAGGUGAUAUAAGUCCAAUGGCUCAGCUUCAUAAUGAUUCAGUAUACACAUUGUCUGGAAUACAUAUGCUAGAAACAGUGGCUAAACCUAUGUUGCAAAUGUUAGAAACGCAACGUGAAAGUUCGACUAAAAGAAUUCAAAGUCUUCAAACAAAACUAGACCAGCUAUCAUUGGGUAUUAAUGAUGAGCAUUAUUGUGACGGUACAAACAAAACUUAUGAUGAUCAAGAAAAUAGUGAUGAUUCCGAUGACAGCUUUAGCACAUCAGUACCAACAAUUAAUCAACCUAAAGAAACUAAGAAAGGGAACAAGUCCAGUAUGGUAUCCUCUCCCGUUUAAAUUCAUGAACAAUAAGCAGUUUCAGCAGAAUUAUACUUAAUGAAUUCAAUAACUAUUUUAUUUUAUCAUUACCAGUCAUUUUUUUUUAAAUAUAUUUAUUGUACCUAUACAUAAAGCA